AUGGCCAGGGUUACGACACCGAUGAGUUCUCUUAUCGUACGGCUGAUGGCAAGUGUGACCAUCCCUCCGAUGAGUCCGUCGGUAGCCAAGGCUCCUUUAUUGGCCGGAAUAUGCCUCCAUGUACUUCUCAGUACGGUGUUACCGAUGACUGAAUUGAUAGGGAAAGAAGAAGGAAAAGGGACUUCAAGAAUCAGGUUUGAGCAGUUGCUAGUUUCAAUGAGACACCAAUCUUGUGGUGCAUUGACAUUGUGGAAUUACCCUAAUUGGAUGAGGAAUCUUGUGGCUCAAGAUAUUGAUGGAGAAGAUAGACUUGGCUGCCUUGGAAAAGAUCGGGAGAGAGGAGUUCCUCGAUACAACGAGUUCAGAAAGAAUCUACUGAUGAGUCCAAUCAGCAACUGGGAAGAUCUAACAGAUGAUGAAGAAGCUAUCAAGGUUUUAAAGGAAGUGUACGGAGGGGUUAUAGACAAGCUUGACCUAAGCGUGGAACUGCACGCAGAAAAGAAGAUCAAAGAAUUUCCCAUUAGUGAAACUGCUUUUUUCAUCAUCUUCCUCGUUACCUACAGGAGGUUAGAAGCAGUGGCGGAUGUACAGCCAACAAGUGUGGGACAUCUGCCCAUAUGA